GCACGCCCAGCCGCCCAGACCUCUGGGGUGUUCCCCAAACACGGCCCUACCCCGCCACACACCCCGCCCCCGGCCUCCGCAGCUCGGCAUGGGCGCGGGGGCGCUCGCCCUGGGCGCCUCCGAGCCCUGCAACCUGUCAUCAGCUGCGCCUCUCCCCGACGGCGCGGCCACCCCUGCGAGACUGCUGGUGCCGGCGUCGCCGCCCGCCUCCUUGCUGACCCCGGCCAGCGAGGGCCCUACGCAGCUGUCGCAGCAGUGGACGGCCGGCAUGGGACUGCUGAUGGCGCUCAUCGUGCUGCUCAUCGUGGCGGGCAACGUGCUGGUGAUCGUGGCCAUCGCAAAGACGCCGCGGCUGCAGACGCUCACCAACCUCUUCAUCAUAUCCCUGGCCAGCGCCGACCUGGUCAUGGGGCUGCUGGUGGUGCCGUUCGGGGCUACCAUCGUGGUGUGGGGCCGGUGGGAGUACGGCUCCUUCUUCUGCGAGCUCUGGACCUCGGUGGACGUGCUGUGCGUGACGGCCAGCAUCGAGACCCUGUGUGUCAUCGCCCUGGACCGCUACCUCGCCAUCACUUCGCCCUUCCGCUACCAGAGCUUGCUAACCCGCACGCGGGCGCGGGCCCUCGUGUGCACCGUGUGGGCCAUCUCGGCUCUGGUGUCCUUCCUGCCCAUCCUCAUGCACUGGUGGCGGGCCGAGGGCGACGAGGCGCGCCGCUGCUACAACGACCCCAAGUGCUGCGAUUUCGUCACUAAUCGGGCCUACGCCAUCGCCUCGUCCGUCGUCUCCUUCUACGUGCCCUUGUGCAUCAUGGCUUUCGUGUACCUGCGAGUGUUCCGGGAAGCCCAGAAGCAGGUGAAGAAGAUCGACAGCUGCGAGCGCCGCUUCCUGGGCAGCCCCGCGCGCCCCGCCUCGCCCGCGCCCUCCCCGGGGCCCCCGCGGCCCGCCGCCCCGCUGGCCAACGGGCGCACCAGCAAGCGGCGGCCCUCGCGCCUCGUGGCCCUGCGCGAGCAGAAGGCGCUCAAGACGCUGGGCAUCAUCAUGGGCGUGUUCACGCUCUGCUGGCUGCCCUUCUUCCUGGCCAACGUGGUGAAGGCCUUCCACGGCGACCUGGUGCCGGACAGCCUCUUCGUCUUCUUCAACUGGCUGGGCUACGCCAACUCGGCCUUCAACCCCAUCAUCUACUGCCGCAGCCCCGACUUCCGCAAGGCCUUCCAGCGCCUGCUCUGCUGCGCGCGCCGCGCCGCCGCCGGGGGCCACGCGGCCACCGGCCGCCGGCUGCGCGCCUCGGGCUGCCUGGCGGUGGCCGGGCCGACGCCGUCCCCCGGGGCUGCCUCCGACGACGAGGACGACGACGUCGGGGCCGCGCCGCCCGUCCGCCUGCUGGAGCCUUGGGCCGGCUGCAACGGCGGGGCGGCGGCGGACAGCGACUCGAGCCUGGACGAGUCGAGCCGCCCGGGCUGCGCCUCGGAAUCCAAGGUGUAGGGCUGGAUGCCUCCUCCCCGGCUCCCUGCUGGGACGGGCUCUCCGCGCGCACCGGGGCUAGGAAAGUCGGGGCGCCUCCGAACGGCUUCCCAGGGGAAAGAGCUGUUUACUCAAGACCUACAGCAGGUGAACUCGAAGCCCACAAACCUCGUCUGAAUCAUCCAAGACAAACAGAAAAGCCGCGGCCCGCUGCACAGAAAGGAAAGUUUGAGGAGGGGUGGGAGAGUGGUUUGCUAAUUUUUCUUGGGUUCUUUUCCCUGUUUAUGUGUGCAUAUAAUGCAUCUUUGGAUUCCCCCCCAGGUGACACUUUUCUGCAGGGACAGGGUAGGGGAAGGGAGAAGCAUAAGGGCAUAAAAAGUCUAUCAACUUGGCUUCCAUCCCCUUCCUGGAGCAGGAGCAGCCAACCAGAGAGAGGGGGGAGGAAUGACAGUUAGGUCAUGUUUCUUUCUGCUUUUCAGAGAAAUUUCAGUUUAAUUCCUGAGUAAUGACUUCUGUUCUUAAAGCAAAGGGAAAGGGUGGAUGCAAAAAUCGCGUUUCAGAAAAGUGUAGGCUAUUCUUGCAACAAGCCUCACCUAGCUCUCCUCUCAGCAGGGCAAGCCUGCCGUGCCCAUGCGCCUAGGUGGUCAGGCCGAGGGUUUCUACCUCACAACUGUGCACAUUGCACAGCAAGCUAGAAAGACUUGUUUAUAUUAAACAGCUUAUUUAUGUAUCAAUGAGAGUUGGAAGGACCAGGCACUGAGCUUUUAUGACAUGUGACUCUGUCCAUUGAAGACAGAACAGAAAAAGAAAAAAAAAGAGGAAACAAUUCAGAUUACUGCACAUGUGGGUAAAAACAAACAAAAAAAGGAGUAGUUCAGAAUGCCAUUUGCACAGUGUUGGGAAUUGUAAAGUUCACAGAGGUGUUACUUGCACAAAAAGAAAUUAAAUAUUUUUUAAUGGGGAGGGAGGGAAGAUCUUAAAAACAAAUAAAAUUCAAACUCUACUUCUGUUGUCUAUUAUUUUAUUGAGCUAAUGAUAUAUUGGAGAAAUACCUUUUUAUACUCUUUUUUCAUGGUACUGUAACUGUAUCCAUAUUAUAAAUAUAAUUAUCUUGAGGAUUUAUUAUUAUUUUUUUAUGUCCAAGUGCCCACGUGAAUCUGCUGGUAAAAUCGAGCACUUGUGUAUAAAUUCUAUUUCCUCUGUGUUUUACCAAGUAUUUAUACUCUGGUGCAACUAACUACUGUGUGAGGAAUUGGUCCAUGUGCAAUAAAUACCAGUGA